GUGACUGACUGCGGGGUUGGCUGCUGAAGAGCAGAGGGGAGGAGGAAACCAAGUGCAACGUUUGUCCAUAUGAUGUCUCGAUAGGCUGUCAUAAGUGGAAAACACGUCCGAUCGACAUGCCUUUUUACUGAGGAGGGCUUAACAUGGUGAUGAUUUUGCUGCCCACUUCCCGGAAUAUCUUUUUGUGGGGAAGGCACAUUACCACGUCGUGGAACCAAUAAUCCAUCGACAACCUUUUAGCUUUAUUUUGGAGAUACCUGAACUUGUUGGACCGGGAAUAGCUGAACAGGGGGGGAGGGGGAGGUUACACUCAACUUGGCCUUUUGUUAGCUCCAAGCAGCGUAUGCAAGUGGCCAUUGAGACAGGUUGUCUGAGCUACCUUACCUAUGGUUACUGUCAUGGAACUUUGUGGACCAAUCUCGUUGGGGAAGCGGCCGGGUAAGGUAGGUGGUGGUCGAGAUUGGGGAAUCAUGGGAGAUCGGUUGGAUUAAAUGGUGGAUGGCUUCCCCCCAACCACACGAUCGCAGGACACCACCUCUUCCCUUCCUCCUCUCUUUCUGUCUUUCUCCGAGUCGGUCGUUUGCUCGAUCGGUCUGGUCAAGUCAGUCAGUUGCAAUGUCGCCAACCAGAGGACAGACUAUUGUGUCCACGUUUGCCAGCAUUUUCCUGUUCGCUCUUCUUGCCUUCACGCAGCUAGCUACCGCCCUCCCCAGCAGCAGUCAUGGCUCCCAAAAACGAGCAGUCGGCGACAAGUAUCUUAUCGGUGUGGGCAAAGCAGAUAUCACCGGUCCGGUGGUAGAGAUCAACUUUGCUGGUUACGCCGACACAGCUCAAACUGGCACUGGUCUCCGCCAACGAUUAUACGCUCGCGCCUUCAUCAUCGGGGAGGUGUCCAACCCCGCCAACCGGUUUGUUUACCUUGUUCUGGAUACCAUGUCCGGCGAUACCGCCGUCCGCCGUGGGAUUUUGGAGGGCAUCACUGCCCAAGGGACAGGGUACAGCAUGUACAAAGCCGGCAAUGUAGCUGUUACCGGCACACAUUCACAUUCUGGUCCCGGAGCCUGGUUCAACUACUUGCUCCCCCAAAUCACGAGCUUGGGUUUCGACAAGCAGAGUUACAAGGCUAUCGUCGACGGCGCCGUUUUGGCUGUCAAGCGGGCGCACGAGGGCCUUCAGGAGGGCUACCUCGACUUUGGCACCACCAGAAUCGAAGACGCAAACAUCAACCGGAGUUUGUACUCGUACUUGGCCAACCCUGCCGCGGAACGGGCUCAGUAUGGGGAUGACAGUGUGGAAAAGAUUAUGACGUUGUUGAGGUUCCAGAGGGCGUCGGAUGGGAAGAAUAUCGGGGUGUUGACUUGGUUUCCGGUCCAUCCUACUUCAAUGCAGGGGAAUAAUACCCAUGUGACGGGGGAUAACAAGGGGUUGGCGGCUUAUUAUUUUGAGAGGAGCGUGAGGGGUGACAGUGCGGUUGCCGAAGGGUUUGUGGCUGGGUUUUCGCAGGCAAAUAUGGGGGAUUCGUCGCCGAAUGUGUUGGGCGCUUGGUGUGAUGAUGGGUCCGGGCAGAUGUGCGAUUUUGAGACGAGUACGUGUGCGGAUGGGAAGAGCCAGGCUUGUCGGGCGAGGGGACCGGCGUUUGAAAAGUUGGAUUUGGGGGUGGCGAGCUGUGAGAUUAUUGCGCAGAGGCAGUUUGAUGGGGCUAAGAGUCUCUAUACUUCUCUUGCUUCUUCAUCGACUCCUGUCACAGGCGCCUCUGUCCGCUCGUUCCACUACUUCCAGGAUAUGCGCUACUACACCUUUCCCCUUGCCAACGGCACUCUCGUGCAAACCUGCCCUGCUGCGUUGGGACACUCCUUUGCUGCCGGCACGUCUGACUGGCCCGGCGCAUUUGACUUCACCCAGGGCGACUCCGGUGCGCCCAACAACCCGUUCUGGUCUGUUGUCGGUGGUUUGCUCAAGGCGCCUUCUCCCCAACAGAAGGCCUGCCAACAGCCCAAGCCUGUCCUCCUCAAUGUAGGCGAGAUGGACGUCCCCUAUGCCUGGAGCCCCAACAUUAUGGAUAUUCAAUCUUUCCGUGUGGGGCAGUUCAUUAUCGUUGUCUCUCCUGUCGAAGUCACCACCAUGGCUGGCAGAAGGUGGAAGGCUGCUGUGAAGAACGCGGCUGCUUCUGAGCUGUCCUUGGGAACCGAACCCUACGUCGUAUUGGGAGGUCCAGCAAACACUUACUCCCACUACUUGACAACCCCAGAGGAGUACCAGAUCCAGCGAUACGAAGGAGCUUCGACUCUCUUUGGUCAGUGGGCGCUCCCCGCAUUUGUCAACCUCACCCUCCGUGGCCUGCCGUAUCUCUCGUCGUCUUCCAGCUCCCAGCCGACUUUCGGCUCUCCAGCACCCCCAGACAACCGCGAAAACUCGCUCAGCUUCAUCACUGGCGUCGCGUUUGACGGCGAGCCCAUCGGGAAGAAGUUCGGGGACGUCCUCACUCAGCCUGCUGCGUCGUACACCCGCGGUCAGGUGGUGAGUGUUCGAUUCCAGGGUGCGAACCCGAGGAAUAACUUGAGACUUGAGGGGACGUAUGCCGCGGUCGAGAAGCAGGUCAAUGGGCAGUGGACGAGGGUGCUGAGUGAUGAGGAUUGGAAGCUGGUGUAUACUUGGAAGAGGACGAACUGGGCUUUGGGGCACAGCGAGGUGACGAUUACCUGGGAGACGAGCGCGACGGAGGACAGUGCGGGGACGUAUAGGGUGAGGUAUCAUGGUGAUUCGAAGCCGUUGAUUGGGAGUAUUAAGGCUUUUGAGGGGCUGUCGAAUAGUUUUACGCUGAGUUGAGGGGGAUAAAGAGGGGUUGAUGGGUAGAUGAGAUGAUGACUGGAAUGAACAAGACAAUAAAUAGCCGUUAAACAGAACACUGGCUGCGACUUUGUGGUGUGAAGGAUGUGGAGGGGGGUGAUGAGGGUAUAUGGAGCUUUAGGAAAUAGCAGUGUGCGACCUACAAUCGUCAAAGAUGAACUAUAAAGUAAGUUGAAUCGAUGAUUAACUCGGUAACCUAGGUACUUAGUAGACUACGGUACUUUAGGAUAAGUCUCAACUGGUGAGAUGAUGGGGACUUGGCCGCUGAAGCAACCGACAACAUUAGUUCAAAGAAUUAUUAGCUGUCUUGUCGAGGUAUUUAAUCAAUCGCUAAAGUAAUCCACAGCUUUAUCGCCAACAGGACCCAGGACCGGAUCGACGAC